AUGUUCACGAUGGAGGCGUCGAUGGCGUCCUGGUUCUCCGUCCGGGAAGCCUGGGCGGCGAGCAGCAUCACGGUGUCCUUCUCCGUGUCCUUCACGAAUACCUGAAGGGGAAACCUUAUGAUCUUAAGAAUCCAGAUGAGAGGAUCUAGAUGACGAGGACGAUGACGACAAUGGAGUGACCUCGAUCAUGGUCUUAUCGACGGUGAGCUUGUUGAGGGUAAGAGUGCCAGUCUUGUCACUGCAGAGGACAUCCAUGCCGGCCAUCUCCUCGAUGGCCGUCAUGCGCUUGGUAAUCGCGCCCUGUUCCGAGAGGCGGUGAGAGCCGAUAGCCAUCGUCACAGAGAGAACGGUGGGCAUGGCGAUGGGGAUCCCCCCGAUAAGGAGCACCAGGAGGUUGUCGAUGCCGUCCCUGUAUCGCCGGCGCUGCACGGGGUACAUGACGAUGAUCUCCACCAGCAUCCCCAGAGCGAUGGAGCAGAUGCAGAAGUUCCCAAUCGCCGUCAACACCUGCGAAGAUCGGAACUAG